AGGGUUUGCUUCCGGCAGAUACCUCAAGUGGCCUCGGAGACGAGAGUUGCCUCACCUUAUACACGCGUUGAGGAAUAUACGGAGAGAACGCGUUAAUAGAGGCGCAGAUUCGUACUGACGAAACUUGCUAUCACCUCACAAACUCCUCGCACUCUGACUCGUCUCGCCCCGUGGACCCUUUCCUUGCCUACCUAAACCUCAAACAUUUGUAUCCCAAAAAGCUGCUUCAACUCAUAACUCGCAACCCCCUCGCUCGCGCAUGCGCAAGCAAUGAAUCGGUUUUCCCAAGCCAACCCCAUGCACUCUGGGCAGUCCAAUCCAUCAUCAAAUUCGUCUCACAUUGUCAUCCUCCCCACUCCGACUGUUACUGAGUCCACUGCGACCCCUUUCACGACAAAUACCCAUCAGAAUGACCUUAUGGACACCCUUAAUCGUCUCAAGUUUUUCCUGGCCACCGCUCCAUCACACUGGGUGGAUGCGCCAGUCAAUGACCCGGACCGAACCCCAAGGUUCAACUCCUUCCUCUUACCCAACGGAGAAUCCGUCUCUUGUGUGUACUGGAACGGGAUAUUCCACAUAACGGGUACGGAUAUCGUGCGAGUCCUACUCUUUCGCUUCGAAGCCUUCGGUCGGCCUGUGAGAAACUUCAAGAAAUUCGAGGAAGGCGUCUUCUCUGAUCUCCGAAAUUUGAAACCGGGGAUCCACGCUACCCUCGAGGAAGCGAAGUCACAAUUUCUUGAUGUUCUAUUUAAACAUCGUUGCAUAAGGACGCAUAAGAAGCAGAAGGUCUUCUACUGGUUCACUGUUGAUCAUGACCAUUUGUUCCUGGAUGCAUUGGAGCGGGACUUGAAACGCGAGAAGGUUGGUCAGGUAGGUUUCUCCCAGUAAGUGUCUGAGGAGAACGGUAUCGAUGUUCAUUAUCUUUAUCCACAGGAACCGACCACCGUGGUCGUGGGAGAACCUGCCCGUAG